UUUGGCUGUCCCCUACUUGUCUCUCCUCUCAUAGUACCCUUCCUCCCCCUUCACUCUCCUCUUCCCUCCUUAUUCUCACCUUCAGUAGGGUUGCAGCAGAUAAACGCCACCUCUCUCUCUCUCUCUCUCUUUCUCUCUCCUCCGCAGCCAUUGAAACUCCUCGAAACUCCACCAAUCUCUGCCGCCGCCGCCGCCAUUAAAACUCAUUCAGCUUCCCCUUCUCCUGCUCCUUCACCUCCGACAUCUCAGCCGACAAUGGGCGCCUCGCUUCCUCCCAAGGAAGCCAAUCUCUUUAAGCUCAUCGUUAAAUCCUAUGAAACAAAGCAAUACAAGAAGGGAUUGAAGGCAGCAGAUGCCAUUCUGAAAAAAUUUCCAGAACAUGGAGAGACCCUGUCCAUGAAAGGGUUAACUUUGAAUUGCAUGGACCGUAAACCAGAAGCUUAUGAACUUGUUAGGCUUGGAUUAAAGAAUGAUCUCAAAAGUCAUGUUUGUUGGCAUGUAUACGGCCUCCUAUACCGCUCAGACAGGGAAUACAGGGAGGCUAUUAAAUGUUACAGAAACGCCCUGAGGAUUGAUCCCGAUAACAUUGAAAUUUUGCGGGAUUUAUCUCUCUUGCAGGCUCAAAUGCGUGACUUGGCUGGUUUUGUGGAAACAAGGCAGCGGCUUUUGAGCUUGAAACCCAAUCAUCGCAUGAAUUGGAUCGGUUUUGCAGUUUCGCACCACCUCAACUUAAAUGCAUCAAAAGCAAUUGAUAUUCUCGAGGCUUAUGAAGGAACGCUGGAGGAUGAUUAUCCACCAGAUAAUGAGCGAGGUGAACACAGCGAAAUGCUGCUGUAUAAGGUGUCUCUAUUGGAGGACUGUGGAUCCUUGGAGAGAGCACAUGAGGAACUACAGCGGAAGGAAAUCAAAAUCGUUGAUAGAUUAUCUUACAAAGAGCAGGAGGUUUCCCUUCUGGUGAAACUUAAUCGUUUGGAAGAAGCUGCAAAACUAUACAGGAUGCUGCUUUCAAUGAAUCCUGACAAUUAUAAAUACUAUGAAGGUUUGCAAAAAUGUCUUGGACUGUAUUCAGAAAAAGGACAGUAUUCUGUUAACGAGAUAGAGCAACUUGAUGCGUUAUAUAAAUCACUGCAGCAAGAAUAUAAAUGGUCAUCUGCAGCUAAGCGAAUUCCACUUGAUUUUCUCCAAGGGGAGAAAUUUCGAGAAGCUGCAGACAAUUAUAUCCGGCCGCUGUUAACCAAGGGGGUUCCUUCUUUGUUUUCAGAUCUGUCUCCACUGUACGAUCAACCUGGAAAGGCAGACAUUCUUGAAAAGUUGAUAUUAGAUUUGGAGGAUUCGAUCAGCAAAACUGGAGGCUAUCCUGGGAAAACUGAAAAAGAGCCUCCUUGUACCUUUAUGUGGACUCUGUUCUUGGUGGCGCAGCAUUAUGAUAGACGUAGUCAAUUCAGCACCGCUCUUGAAAAAAUCGAUGAAGCUAUAAAUCACACUCCUACAGUGAUUGACCUGUACUCUGCCAAGAGCCGAAUAUUGAAGCAUGCUGGUGACUUGAAGGCUGCUGCUGCUUUGGCAGAUGAAGCCCGAUGCAUGGAUCUUGCUGAUCGCUACAUAAAUAGUGAAUGUGUCAAGCGUAUGUUGCAAGCUGAUCAGGUCACUUUAGCUGAGAAAACAGCUGUCUUGUUUACAAAAGAUGGUGAUCAGCACAAUAAUCUGUAUGACAUGCAGUGCAUGUGGUAUGAGCUUGCAUCUGGCGAGAGCUACUUCAGACAAGGUGAUCUUGGACGUUCAUUAAAGAAAUUUUUAGCCGUCGAGAAGCAUUAUGCUGAUAUAACAGAGGAUCAAUUUGAUUUCCACUCAUAUUGUCUAAGAAAAAUGACUUUGAGAACGUAUGUGGAAAUGCUGAAGUUCCAGGACCGUUUGCAUUCACAAUCAUAUUUUCAAAAAGCUGCAGCUGGGGCAAUCAGAUGCUACAUUAAGUUGUUUGAUGCCCCUUCCAAGUCUGCAACUGAAGAAGAUGAGGAAAUGUCCAAGUUGCUUCCUUCUCAGAAAAAGAAAUUGAGGCAAAAGCAGAGGAAGGCAGAAGCCCGAGCUAAGAAAGAGGCAGAAAGUAAGAGCGAGGAAACAACCACAAGCAAUGUCUCAAAAUCUGGUAAAAAACAAGUCAAAGCAGUGGAUCCCGAUCCAAAUGGAGAGAAACUGUUGCAGGUUGAGGACCCAAUGAUGGAAGCUACAAAGUAUCUGAAGCUGUUGCAGAAAAAUUCAGCAGAUACUUUGGAAACACACUUGCUGUCAUUUGAAGUAAAUAUGAGAAAGCCGAAGAUUUUACUUGCUUUUCAGGCUGUGAAGAAUUUAUUGAGGUUGGACGCAGAAAACCCAGAUUCACAUCGCUGUUUGAUAAGAUUUUUCAGCAAGGUGAGCUCUAUGCCUGCUCCUGUCUCUGAUGCUGAGCGACUUGUCUGUAACGUGUUGGAAGCAGAGCGUCCAUCUAUAAGUCAAGUGCAUGAAAAAUCUCUGAUGGAUGCAAACAUGUCGUUCUUGAAGAAGCAUGAAGCUUCCUUGAUGCACAGAACAGCAGUCGCAGAAAUGCUUCAUCUUUUGGAACCAAAUAAGAAGUCUGAGGCUGUUAAGUUGAUUGAAGAAUCAUCAAACGACAUGAUUUCGACAAAUGGAGCUCUUGGCCGUAUCGGGCAGUGGAAGCUUAAAGACUGUAUUGCAGUUCACAAACUCUUGGAAAAUGUUUUGCAUGAUAAUGAUGCAGCAUCAAGAUGGAAGACCCGAUGUGCCGAAUAUUUUCCUCAUUCUGUGUAUUUAGAAGGCAGCCAAAGCUCUGCUGUCUCGAAUGCCUAUCUUAACACCUCUUGCGAAAAUUCUGAAAACGGGUCCGCAAAUCACACUGGCUCCGUUUCAAUAAAUGGGAAUUUGGAAACAUUCAAGGACUUGAAGAUUUAAACGUGCCUGAUAACAUCCGUCCGUAGACUGAUCUACAAGAGUAUAUGACAUGCCCGUUUAAACAUGAACUCGGGAAAUUAGGGUUGUGUUUCCCGGAUGAUAUGCAUGUCAUACUCGAGUUAUUCAACCUUCAGAAGAAGGCCCGGGUUCUUUUGUGCAAGUUUAGCACCACACGAUAUCUAUAUAUGCCUUGCAAAAUGUGUAUAAUUAGGGUCCUUUAUUUAUAACUAGGAUAUUUUUUUGAUUUUUUGCCCUCUGAAAUGUGAUUUCAGUGAGAUAGAUCCUUGCUUUUUAGCUUAUAUGAUGAUGAUUGCAUAAUACUCCACAUUUGGAGUUUUGAUUAAGGAACUCGGGAAGGGUUACGAAAGUUUUUGAAUUACAGGCUUCUCUUUUGUGAUCAUCGAAGUAUGGACGGAGGCGAUCUGCUCGAAAAAUUGUUGUAUGGCUUUUCAGAUAUUUUUCUAAAUUAUUGUAUUGUAUAAACGCCCUUCCAUGUGAAAAUUUUGGUUAAUUCUAUAAUUUAAGUAGAAUUCUUAUUUA